CCGCGCCGCUCAUUCGCACCGCACCCGUCGUCCGGUGUGCACGCCAGUCCGUCGCGACCGCUCCGAGCGCGCAAAACACUCGUGUAAAAAUAAAGCCGCCGACAGACUGUCCCCGGGUUAUAUUUAAAUGAUACGGAGACUGUUACGGACCGAUCUUCGAUAUUCGCCGACAUGAGAUUAAGUCGGGGGAUAGUGUGCGAGUGCUCGGGCGCCGCGGCGUGUCCCGACGGCUCCGCUAAUGGCACGUGCACGACGCAGCCCGGCGGCUACUGCUACGCCGUCGUCGAGGAGGUGGUUGACGACGCUGGUCUGCUGCUCCUGGAGCGCAGCGCCGGCUGCUUGCCGCCCGAUGAGGCGGGGUUGAUGCAGUGCAAGGGGUCGCAGUCCCCGCACCAGCACCCCAAGACGAUCCAGUGCUGCGAGCGCGACCUGUGCAACCGGCGACUCAGCCCCGCCCUGCCGGAGCCCCCGCCCGUCGGCCCGGACGGGGCGGGCCCGCGCCCCCCGCCCGCCGCCCCCGCCGUGCUCGUCGCCGCCGCCCUGUGCGUCGCCCUGGCCGCCGCGCUCGCCGCCGUCUACCUGCUGCUGCGCCGCCGCCGCCGCGGGCCCAAGCGCCCGCCCUCGCCGCCCGCCCCCGCCCCGCCCUCCGCCGACGUCAGCUCCGGCUCCGGCUCCGGCCUGCCGCUGCUCGUGCAGCGCACCGUCGCCAAGCAGAUCCAGAUGGUGGAGAGCGUCGGGCGCGGGCGCUACGGCGAGGUGUGGCUGGCGCGCUGGCGCGGGCAGCGCGUCGCCGUCAAGGUGUUCUUCACGACGGAGGAGGCGUCCUGGUUCCGCGAGACCGAGAUCUACCAGACCGUGCUGCUGCGCCACGACAACGUGCUCGGCUUCGUCGCCGCCGACAUCCGCGGCACCGGCUCCUGGACGCAGAUGCUGCUCAUCACUGACUACCACGAGCGCGGCUCGCUGCACGACUACCUCCAGGCGGCCGUGCUCGACGCGCGCGGCCUGGCCCUGCUCGCGCACAGCGCCGCCGCCGGCCUCGCGCACCUGCACAUGGACAUCCUCGGCACCGAGGGCAAGCCCGCCAUCGCGCACCGCGACAUCAAGAGCAAGAACAUCCUGGUGAAGCGCGACGGCACCUGCGCCAUCGCCGACUUCGGGCUGGCGGUGCGCUACGUGGCCGAGCGCGACGAGGUGGACGUGGCGCCCAACACGCGCGUUGGCACUCGCCGCUACAUGGCGCCCGAGGUGCUCGACCACCGCCUCGACGGCGCCGACUUCGAGGCGUUCAAGAUGGCCGACGUGUACGCGCUCGGCCUCGUCUUUUGGGAGAUGUGCCGGCGCUGCGCCAGCGGGAGCCCCGUCGCGCGCGCGGAGCCCUACGCGCUGCCAUACCACGAGCACGUGCCGCCGGACCCCAGCUUCGAGGACAUGCACGAGGUGGUGGUGGCGCGCGGCGUGCGGCCGCCCAUCCCGGCGCGCUGGACUGCGAGCGAGCCGCUGGCGACGCUGGCCGGCGUGAUGGCGGAGUGCUGGCACCACAGCCCGCCCGUGCGGCUCACCGCGCUGCGCGUCAAGAAGACGCUGGCGCGCUUCGCCCCCGACGGCGGCGUCAAGCUGGUGUGAGCGCCGGCCGCCGCCCUGUUGUCUGUACAUAUAGUUAGCUAGGCCAGGCGAUGUUCCCGCGGGGGCCGUCGCGGACUAAUCUCAGUAUUGCUAAGUCGGCCGGUGCCGGCGCCGGCCCCGCCCGAAUCUCCCCCCGUGUUCGCGUGUAACGUAGUUUUUGUACGAAGUGUCUUCCGUUCCGUUAAGUUUCGACGGCGGCUCGGCCGUCCUGUGAUAUGUCUGACAAUAAAUUUAUAGAGAGUGGAUUGUACUUAAAGAUUCGAGACUCGGAAAAGUAUUAGAUGUUUCCGUGAGAUGCCUUCGAUUAGUAUUAGUGUCGAGUUCGUCCCGCCCGCUGCCGAAUGCUGUUCUUGUAUUUGAUGUUCUUUUGAAAGAGUUAACGUGCGUUUCGAUGUAAAGAUGUUGUUUUCAUACGUUUUACAAAGGUAAAAAAAAAGGUAAUGUUGAAUUUGUGACAUUUAUUUUUUUGCGGUGUGUGUGCGGAGUAUGGCAGCAUUCGGCAGCGGUCGAGAGCUAGCAUUUAUCGCACUCGUGUGCAUGUACAGUGUUGUGUAUAUAUAGCGGUCAAGUAGAUCAUAAACAUGCUAAUUAAGUUAUCAAUAAAAUAUAAUGGACAUGUGA